UUGCCUCCGUUUCCGUUUGGCUCCUCUCUCUCUCUCUCUCUCUCUCUACAAAAUCAUUAAAAAUAGCUUACCAUUGUCUCUCUCUCUCUGCUCUGUGUCUCGCUUACUCUGCUUCGCCGCCAUUAGCAAGUCCUUUCCUUGUCCUGUCGACCUCACCCAGUGAAUAAACCCACUCCAGAGUCCAUACUCCAUAGUCCAUACUCCUACCCAGAGAAAAGAAAAGAACAAGAACAAAGAGGGCUGGGAGCUAAAACCCAUAGUAAACCCCAACAACCUUCAGGCUUUCAUCUUUGACAACCAGCCCCUCUGUUCUUGCUCUGUUUCUCGACCUCCUCCUUCUCCUCCUCCUCCUCUUCUGUGCCCUAAACGUUCGUCCUUUACCUUGCCGGCGGGUUUUCUGCCUUUCUUCUCCUUCUGCUGUAUCGAGUCUGUUCCUCCAUUUCUAUGGACCGACGGUGACAAAACUUGUGAAAAAGGUUACAUGCUUUCCUUGUUUUAGCUUGGAACACUUGCUGGGCUAUUACAAUGGCGGAGAAAGACCCCGAUCCCUCAGCCCGAAAGCUGCCCUCUGCCUUUGAGGUUGUCGAGGAGCUGAAGGAGCUAAUGGGAAUGGUGCUGCCCAUAACAGCUAUGAACCUCCUGGUGUUUAUUAGGCAGGUGGUCUCGGUCCUGUUCCUAGGGAGACUCGGGAGCCUCGAGCUAGCUGGAGGUGCCCUGGCGAUCGGGUUCACGAACAUAACAGGAUACUCUGUCCUGGUUGGCCUCGCCUCCGGGCUCGAGCCGGUCUGCAGCCAAGCCUAUGGCAGCAAGAACUGGGACCUCCUCUCCCUCUCCCUGCAGCGGAUGGUCCUCAUACUCCUAAUCGCAAUCGUUCCCAUCGGCCUCCUGUGGCUCAACCUUGAGCCAAUCAUGGUCUCCAUGGGCCAAGACAGGGCCAUCACGGCCACCGCCGCCACCUUCUGCCUCUACUCCCUACCCGACCUGCUCACCAACACGCUGCUGCAGCCCCUCCGGGUCUUCCUACGGUCGCAGAGCGUGACCAAGCCCAUGAUGUACUGCUCCCUCGCAGCCGUGGCCCUCCAUAUCCCUCUCAACUAUGUGGCCGUGGUAAGCCUCGGGCUGGGGGUGCAAGGCGUCGCCCUGGCAUCAGUCAUCACGAACAUGAACAUGGUGGGGCUGAUGGCAGGGUAUGUAUAUGCAUCCGGGAGGUGCGAGCUGACAUGGAAGGUCGGGGGACUAGCGAGGGUGUUCACGGGGCUGGGCCCGCUGAUGAAGAUGGCAGUGCCAAGCUGCGUGGGCAUAUGCUUGGAGUGGUGGUGGUACGAGAUCGUGACGGUGAUGGCAGGGUACUUGCCGGAUCCGACGACUGCCGUAGCAGCCACCGGGGUCCUCAUUCAGACCACUAGCAUGAUGUACACUGUUCCCAUGGCUCUUGCCGGUUGCGUCUCCGCCAGGGUGGGGAAUGAGCUAGGAGCAGGGAAGCCACAAAGGGCCAAGCUAGCUGCAUUAGUUGCAUUGGGAUGUGCAUUCGUGAUUGGCUUCAUCAAUGUCGUAUGGACCGUACUACUGAAGGAGAGAUGGGCCAAUUUCUUCACCGAUGAUGGGCUAGUCAGGGCCCUAGUCGCCUCUGUCCUGCCCAUCAUGGGCCUCUGUGAGCUCGGCAACUGCCCCCAGACCACCGGCUGCGGGAUCCUCCGUGGCACCGCCCGGCCCGCCAUCGGGGCCCGGAUCAACCUCUGGUCGUUCUAUUUCGUGGGCACCCCUGUGGCAGUGGCCCUAGCCUUUGCACUUGAGGUUGGGUUCAGAGGGCUGUGGUUCGGGCUUCUCUCGGCCCAGGCAGCCUGUGUCGUGUCCGUCCUCUUCGUGGUGCUGGCCCGCACCGAGUGGGAGGUGGAGGCCUUGAGGGCCCGGAAGCUCACUGCCCUGGAGAUGAGCGGCGCGUCAGGCAAUGAUGAUGGUGGGGCAGGAGGAAAGGUUGGUGAUGGAAAUGGAGGAUGUGACGUUGAAGAGAGCAGAGGGUUGCUUGUGAAUGGAGAUGAUAGCGUGUGAUGAUCUCCUCUGGAUUUGGUAUUUUGGCAACGUAGAUAUAUCAUCAAAUUAAGUAAUGUGAGGUCUAGAAUCGGAGUUUAUGCUGUGAACUAAGCUUGAGUGAUCUUAUCCGACACGACGUUGUGCGGAGUGGACCAAAGACUGUUGGCAUUUUGAUUGCAUUAAUCAAUCGAGAUAAGAGAUUGAUAUC